AGCCGUUGGUGGUGAGCGAGCCGUUGCUCAGUUUCAUUCAGCAGGGAGGAAGUAGCCAGGAAGUCAAGGCACCCCGAACCUAAUUGAACCCCCUUCUGGACCGGACAAAUGGCUUCAAAUAAUGGCUCAGUCGGCAAAUGGGAAGUCGUAAAGAAAGGGAAGAAAAGCAACAACUCAGGGGGAGGCAAGAGCGCGACUGACAAGAAAACUGGCAGCGGGGGAAGGAAAGCCCUGGGCGAAUCUAACCAGCCAUCCAGGCCACCUUUGAAGAUGUCAGAGACGCUCUAUGAUGGCUUUGAGAAGAUGGGAAAGAAACAGAACAAGGAGCAGGUUCCACCACCAGCAGAGCCAGAAAACAAGAAGCAAUCAACGAGUAAACCAUCAAAGAAAUCAAACUCCAGCAAUACAGUCACCCCCACAGCUCACAGGACCCUGGAGGAUGCUUUCAAAGCUUUGGAUAUUGCAGACCUGAAGCAGCAGUUGGCUCGGAGUCAAACCCUGUUCCCAGAAAACCCAUCAGUGUGGGUCAAAGAUCUGGCAGGAUACCUCAACCUCAAUCUGACUGCACCAGAGACGGAACCCACACUCAGCAGCUACGCUCAUGACUACCCAUACUGCCUUACAGGAAAAGAGCUGAAGGGUGUAAUCAAAGGCCUCAUUGGACGCUGCAGUGAUAUCCUGCCAGAUUUCUUUGACCACUGUGUUUAUACUAUGCUCAGGGAACUGGACAGACAGUCAGGAGAACCUCUGCAUGGCUACAGAAUUUGCAUUCAGGCAAUCCUACAGGACAAACCCAGAAUAGCAACCCAAAACCUGCCAGAGUAUUUGGAGCUGCUGCGGUCAGUUCAGAAUCGACCAGUAAAGUGUUUGACCAUCAUGUGGGCGCUUGGCCAGGCUGGAUUCUACGACCUCAGCCAAGGACUUAGAGUGUGGCUGGGUAUCAUGCUUCCUGUCCUGGGAGUCAAGUCCUUGUCUUCAUAUGCCAUUGCAUAUCUUGAGAGACUUCUUCUACUUCAUGCAAACCUAACAAAGGGAUUUGGCAUCAUGGGUCCUAAAGAGUUUUUUCCUUUACUGGAUUUUGCCUUCAUGCCCAAGAAUGCCCUGUCAUCAAGUCUACAGGAACAGCUGAGGCGUCUGUACCCACGACUGAAGGUUCUCGCAUUUGGAGCCAAACCUGAGAGCACAUUACACACAUACCUGCCGUCAUUCCUGUCCAGAGCAACACCGCACUGUCCAGAUGACAUGAAGAGAGAGUUGCUCAGCAGUAUGACGGAGUGUUUGUGCGUGGAUGUUCAGAGUCUUGGAGUGUGGAGGCAGCUCUAUACCAAACAUUUACCCCAGUCCAGUCUGCUGUUGAACCAUUUAUUGAAAUCCUGGAAUAUCCUGCCACCAAAGCUCCGGAAGAACCUUGAAGAAACAAUCCAGUCUUUCAGAGUGACCAACGAGGAGAUGAAGGACACUGUUGAAUCUCAGGAACUUCAGGAGUGCAAUAACCUGUGCCAGAAUCUGCAGGUAAAGAUGCGUGGUCGUGGGUUCCCCUGGUCCAAACUGCUCAUGGUUCUGCUUGUGUUUGUUGCUGGUUUCAUUGCUCAUGACAUCAGAUCCCAGGGUUCCUUUGCAGAUUCUACGACAGCUAGGCAUCUGCAAAACUCAGGGAUCACAGCUGUAUCACAGCAGGCCUGGGGAAAAAUAACUGUUUACUCCAAACAGGGCUUCAGCUGGUUGGAGACAAACACCCCUUAUUAUUACUCUGAGUGUGUGCGGGUUUUGGGGCCACUAAUGGAGCAAGGUUUUGAGAAGGCAAAAACAGCAGCAAUCUUCAUCUCUGAAAACACAACACAGUUUAUUCUCUGGGUCAAAGAAAAGACGCCGCUUGCAAUAGAAUGGGUAAACACAAACACCCCAGACAGUGUGUUCCAGGUGAUAGCGUAUAUAAGGGAGCUCCUCCUCUUCCUCCAUCAGAACUACAUCCUGCCAGCACUGGCAUACAUAUCUGAACUACUACAAAGGGCAUGGACCAACCUACAGGACUCUUGCAACGGUGAGGUAUCGCUAUCGUGUCUGCAGGAGCAUGCCAUAUCCUUUACCAACUCAACGUGGCAGCUGCUCCAACAUACGACGUCGGCCAUCAAGACGUGGGCUCAGGAGCUGCUUACACGAGCAUGAUAACAUCAGAGACACUUGACUGAUACACGCAUACAAGAAACACACAUGUGAAGUAAUAUACAGAAACACACACUGCCCCAAUCUGAGGUGGCCUUUCAGAGCGUUGGCUCCCCUCUCAGCUGUGAUUGGACACUGUGGGGUCAGACAAGCAAACGGCCGCUCAAAAAGGACCCUUCUAUCUCUCGUUUUGGCUAAAAUUUUUAAAUCAGUUUGCUGUUGUAUAGAUAUUUUUUUCUACCAAUCCUUUUUGUCACUGCUGGAUGCAGAGGUCGUUUUUCUCUCUCUAUCCCUGAGCUUUCUACUGCAAAUGUCAGCUGUUGCUUUAACCUUUUGGGUUAAACAAACUGUGUAAUUUAUAGAAAAUGUAGGUUUGUAGAUGAUUUAUAAACCGUUUUUAUUUAAAGCUAUAAAAAAGUGUUAUCUGAAAACUUGGUUAAGGGCAGGGAAAAGACCAAAAAACAUAUUCCAGACUUCUUAAAGCCAAUAAAGACCUCAUCAGCUAAAGUCAGACUCAUCUACCAAUCUUUGUCCAACUCAUUGUGAAGUCAGCUGCAGUGUUGUUGUGUGCAUUAAAGCCUCAAAUCUCACAAUGCAAGGCCUUGUAGAGGGAAGCUUGUGGGAUUAGGAUUAGAUCUGUUGAUGGUUUGACUUCAAAGAAAUGGAGUGGGCAGCAUCGCCCAAAACAUGACACAAGGAGCUGCAAACGAAUAAAAAAACUUCCACGAAAAGAAGAUGAAGAAAUCUACCUUCUGUCUUGUCUAUUGUGCACAUUUUAUCAUCUUUGCUGUUCAUGCUAUGUCUGCUGUCUCUCCUGCUUUUUCAUUUGCCAUCAGAAUCUCAACACCAGAGCUAAAAGCAGCACUACGGUUGUGUACUCAUACUUGAAAACUAAUGAUAUUCUUUGGGUGUUUGUGUGUGUGUGCCUGUACGGGGACAUGAUAAUUCUCAAUAAUGGGAUUAUGAUCAGUGCGUGCCAACGUCCCCUUGUAAUGUGGAAAUAAAUAAGAAUACACCCUCUUCUGGUCUAGACAAACCUUUGAGACCAGUGAUUCAUGAACCCCUCUAGAGCAAGAUAUAUGAAUGGAUAUGGCAAUGACUUAUGUCUUACUUUGUAAUGUAAAUGAUUUAUAAUAAAAAAUUCAACCCAG